AUGUCUCAGUUUGUGGGAUUCGGCGUUCAGGUGGAAUUGAAAGACGGUAAAAGAAUCCAAGGUAGAAUCGCAAAGGCCACCGCUAAGGGACUUACGUUAAACGAUGUUGUAUUUGGUGAUGGCGGAACUUCACAGGCUUUUAAGGUUAGAGCCUCGAGACUGAAGGACUUGAAAGUUUUAAGUGUAGCGAGGAAAACCCAUCAUACUCCCAAGGUUUCACCACCGGCUUCGCAAGGUCAAGAUUGGCAAAAUGAUGAUGUUAACAAAUUAAAGCAACAGGACGAUUUUGAUUUCCAAGGAAAUUUGAAGAUGUUUAACAAGAAGGAUGUAUUUGCACAAUUAAAACAACAGGAUGAUGUACAACCUCAGCAGAGAUUAGUAUCACAUAACAAAAAACCUGAGAAUAUUGCUAAUGAUCAAUCGGUUAUACCAAAUGCAAAGGAGGAUGCAUGGGAUGUAGAUGAUGAGAAGUAUUACGAUGCACAACUGUUACCAGUUACAAAAUCUAUAAAUAUAACCCAUCUUUUACAUAACAAAGGUGGAGAUGAUCAAGAAGCAGAUGAGGAGGAGGAGGAGGAGGAGGAAAGUGAAGAGGAAAAAGUUAUUGCCAAAAUCAAACAGGCAUUGAGAAGUGAUCGUCCAGCGUUGUUACGCGCUAAGGAAAUUAAUUUACAGGUUUUAAUGGCUAACCCGGUACAAUUGCUGGAGAUGGAACGCGUAAGUGCUGAACAAUACGGUAUACAUGCACCAAUAGUAGUGGAAAAUUUUGGUAAUAAUGCAUCAUUUGUUCUAAAGCAAAAAUUGGGUGGUCGUAUUAGACUUCGCCUUGAUAAUAUGAAUCCGGGCCCAUUAGUGGUAAUAAUGGCAUCAGAUUCUUACAGAUCGGGUGCUAGAGCCCUUUCAUUAGGACGUCAUCUUUGUCAAACCGGCCAUGUACGUGUUGUUGUUGUAUUUAUCUCUCAAGACUUACAGGAUAACCACGUAUUGCAGCAAAUGGAUCUUUUCCGCCGCAGCGGUGGUAAAAUAGUCAAUGGUAUCACGCAGUUGGAAUCCCUAGUUGACAAAUUAAAUACGCCGGUAGAAUGCGUUAUCGAUGCCAUUCAAGGGUUCGACUGUAAUCUUUCAGAUCUUUACUACAACGAAGCUCUUAGCCCAUUAGAAAAUCGCGUAAGGUCAUUAAUUCAAUGGUGUAACUCUUUACACAAUGUACAAAUUUGGUCAUUGGAUAUUCCAGCAGGCUUUGACUCUACAACAGGUACACAAAAUUUCGAUGAUGCUGUGAGGGCAACAGGUGUGCUAAGUUCAGGAUGGCCACUGGCGGCAUUACAUGCUGUCAAGGACCAACUGAAGGACCAAUUGACAGAAGUAGUAGCAAUUGACGUGGGAACUCCACAGGGAGUCUACGCACAAACUUCACUACGCAAAUUUCAAUCGUAUGACGUUUUUGUCACAGAAGGAUCUUUAUCAUUGGAUAUAUAG